AUGUGCGACAUAGAGAAGAUGUUUCAUCAGUUCCAUGUGCAGGAGUUGACAGAGAAUAUCUACGUUUCUCUGGGGAAGGAUGGAAAUCUCAGCACUGAGCCACAAGAAUUUCGCAUGAAGGUACAUCUUUUUGGUGCUGCAUCAUCACCUGGAUGCGCCAACUAUGGGUUGAAGCGCUUGGCCAAGGAGAAUGAGAACUCGUUUCCCCUUGGCUCACUGUUCAUCAUGAAGGAUUUCUAUGUUGAUGACGGUAGGAUCCAUUGGCACAUUGAAUCUGACACCUUUAGAUUUUGUAUAUCCCUGAAAGAUCAGCCAGCAACACGUCGAGGCAUACUAUCCAUGGUGGCCUCUGUUUAUGACCCGCUGGGCCUCAUUGCUCCCUUCCUGCUCAUCGGUAAAAGGAUUCUGCAAGAAACGUGCAAGCAUGGUACAAGUUGGGAUGAACCCCUCCGUGGUGAUCUACAUCCAGCGUGGGAGAGCUGGAAGAGCGAUCUUGCAAAUUUGGAGAGAAUCAACAUACCUCGUUGCUAUGUGCCACCUGACUUUGGACUCGUCUUGAGAAGAGAGCUUCACCACUUCUCUGAUGCAAGCACACACGGAUAUGGCCAAUGUUCCUAUUUGAGACAUUUAAGUGAAAAUGGAAAUGUUCAUUGCACCCUGCUUAUGGCAAAGUCCAGAGUAGCCCCCAUGAAAGUCACAACUAUACCCAGAUUAGAGUUGACAGCUGCUGUUGUUUCAGUUGUAGUGAGCAACACUCUGAAGGAGGAGCUUGGUCUGACAGACAUUGACGAGUACUUCUGGACUGACUCCAAAGUGGUCUUGGGCUACAUCAAUAACGAGGCACGGCGUUUCCACACGUUUGUGUCAAACAGAAUACAAAAGGUACGUCUCAGCACAACACCAGAGCAAUGGAGAUACGUCCCAACUGAUAAAAAUCCUGCUGAUCUCGCUUCAAGAGGCUCAAGUGCAAGCAAACUUGUCACAUCAAAUUGGUUUACAGGACCUCAGUUUCUAUGGGAGAAAGAACUUCCCCCAGCUGUGUACACUGUCACAGAAAUCCAGAUUGGCGACCCUGAAGUCAAAGGCGUUCAGACUCUGAAUGUACAGACUAAGGAGCAAGUAAGUCUCUCAGAUCGCUUGUCAAGGUUUUCUUCAUGGUACAAGGCCACGCAAGCAGUGGCACGUCUCCUCCGGCGUGUCAAAGGUAACAAGUCAACAGGUCAUAGUUCUGUGAAGGAGAGAGAAGACGCACAGUGCAUCAUCAUUAAGGACUUACAAAGACAAGUUUAUCCAGAGGAGAUCAAGCUCCUCGUCAAGGAAGCUCAACUUCCAUCUCAGAGCAAACUGCGUCUAAUGGAUGUUUUUCUUGAUCAAGAUGGACUCCUCAAGGUGGGAGGAAGGUUAAAAAAUGCAUCUCUCCCUGCAUUGCAGAAACACCCGAUGAUAAUCCCUAAGGAUCAUCAUAUCACCAUCAUGAUAAUGGCUCAUUACCAUGAGCAGAUCAGACAUCAAGGAAAGGGUUUCACCAUUAAUGAGAUAAGAUCAAAUGGAUUUUGGAUCCCAGGAAUCAACCGAACUGUUGCUAAAUAUGUUCGUCAAUGUGUCAAAUGUCGAAAAUUCAGGAGACCAGCUGAGGAACAGAGAAUGGCAGACCUGCCAACAGAACGUGUAGAUCCAUCACCCCCAUUUACCUACUGCGGUAUGGACUGCUUUGGUCCGUUUCACACAAAACAGGGACGCAAGGAGCACAAGCGAUAUGGACUCCUUUUCACAUGCCUUUCAUGUCGGGCUGUCCACAUUGAAAUGUUGAAUGAUAUGUCUACAGAUGCCUUCAUCAACGGACUUCGUUGUUUUCUUGCUGUAAGAGGAGCUGUACGCCAAAUACGGUGUGACCAGGGAACUAAUUUUGUGGGAGCCAAAAACGAACUAAAGGAGGCUCUCAAGCAAUUGGAUGGAAAUCGUAUUACUACAUUCUUGGCUCAAAGGCAGUGCGACUUCAUCUUGAACGCUCCCCACUCAAGCCAUGCAGGAGGAGUAUGGGAAAGGCAAAUCAGAACAGUGAGGAACGUGCUUCGUUCCACUCUCUCAAUAUCCCCAGGUAGGCUGGAUGAUGCCUCUCUUCGGACAUUCUUCUAUGAGGCAAUGGCCAUUGUGAACAGUAGGCCGCUCACAGUUGACAACCUAACUGAUCCAGACAGUCCUGCCACCACACCGAAUCACCUGUCACAAUGA